CGGGGCCCGCCGCCCGCCCGCGCGCGUCACCCCCGCACCAACUCCCCACCGCGCCGGCGCCCCACUCCCACCCCCCGCCCCUUUCCCAAUCCCCUUUUCCUCGUCGACAAGCCUCGCCUAAAGCCUCCGGCAGCAGCUGAACCUUAUCGGCGCCGCGAACCUUAUACCGGCCGGACCGGGACCUGAUUCGGCAGCAGCAGGCGGCGGCAGUACCACUCCACCCGCACGCGCGCGCAUGGCCGAUCGGGGCGGGAGGUGUUAACUGGGCGGCACGGAGAUGAGGGAGCUGGCGGGAAGGCCCGGGACGUGGGGCGGGCUCUGGCUGCGGCUCGGCCAGGCCGCGCUCGCCGCCGCCUCCAUCGCCGUCAUGGCCUCCGCCAACGGCUUCGCCGGCUACACCGCCUUCUGCUAUCUGAUUGCGUCGAUGGGAUUGCAAGCGCUGUGGAGCUUGGGACUUGCAUGUCUUGAUGGAUACGCCCUUAAAGUCAAAAGAGAUCUCAACAAUGCUGUUUUAGUGAGCUUAUUUGUCGUCGGAGACUGGGUUACUGCGAUUCUCUCGUUUGCUGCAUCGUGCUCAGCUGCUGGUGUAAUAGUUCUUUUUGAGAAGGACAUUUCUUUCUGCAGAAGAUAUUACGAACUGCCUUGUGGAAGAUAUCAACUCGCGACGGCAUUUGCUUUUCUGUCCUGGGCGCUAAGUGCUACAUCAGCGGUCAUCAUGUUUUGGCUCCUGGCAUCCUUCUGAUUUUGUGUAUAGCCCUCUUGUGUAAGUUCUGUUUAUAGUGAGGUUUCCGCUCAUCAUAGGAAUUAUAUAGGAUGAUUUUUCAGAUAUGUAAGCAACAGAAACCACACUGCCAAAACAGAUGGAAAUGUUGGGACACCUGUAAACUCCAUGGAGCUAGCAUUUCCUAGGUAUUAUUACUCACUGGAAGCUUUCAAUGAUGCUAAAUCGGUUUCUCAAUA